GUUGCUGCAGGCAGGGGGGGUGAGUGUCAGACCCCUGGGGAAGCACUUAGCCAUCUCUCUGCCCUCGCUUCCUCUGCGUCUCUGGGAUACACACACCACACACAUUGCACACUCUACACACCUUGAACCCACACACACACACCCUCUCUCUCCAUCCUCUACUCCUCCCCCAUCUUCCCCUCUGGAGGCCUCCGGGCAAAGGAAACUUCUCAUGCCUCUCUGGCAGCCCCCCCAGCCCCAUUCCCCCACUGGUGCUGCUCAGCAUUGGCCGAGGCACGAAACUGCCGCCGACAGCGGCACACGUCAUUGGUCCUCCUGGAGUUUGGACCGCCCUGACGCCGUGGUGACACCGUAUGAAACGCCCCCGGACCGCUGUGUCCCCAUCAGGCCGCAGACCUCCAGUCAGCACUACAGCUACAGUUGCCAGUCCUCUCCAGGGCACUACAGCUCCCAGCAUGCCCUAGGGCAACACAGUGAUCCCUGCUGUGACUGCGAAGAGGCUGAGCUGUCUGAGCUUGACUCCCUUUACCAGGCCAGUCUGCUGGCUGGAAAGACAGGCUGCAGCCCAUCAGAGAGGCUCAUAUCCAGGGUGGGCGGGCAGACUCGCUCCAAGACCCCCAACGCAGACAUGGAGAGGAGUGUGUACGGGGCGGACUGCACCAGCACCCCCACCUACCUCAACAAGCCAAUGAUGUUGCGGGAUCUGCGUUGUGGGGUGGAGCCUGAUGAUGGGGAAAACCUGAGACGAAUUGGACGCAGCCUGAGCGGCACAGUAGUGACCUCGCGCCGCAGCCGGCUGACUGCAACCCGCAGCUUCGAGCUGUCGGGCAGUGCGGGGAGUUUCUGGCUGUGUCUGACGGGGGUCAAGCUGUCUUCUGACCAGAGACCCGCGUUGCUUCACUAAUGUCCCACAGCGUCCAGCUCCACGUGGGGCAGCAGCGCCGGGGCCCAUCUGACGGACCUGGAUUUGGCUCAGGAGGAUCUAAAUCAACUCCUAUCCUGUUCCUCCUCCUUCUCCCUCAAACAACAUGCACACGCAAACACAUGCACGCACACAUGCACAUCUGCACUGACAUAGAGCCUCCCUCAGCGCCUGCAGCACCCCGCUUAGCCUCUUCUUGCCUCCCUCCCUCCCUCUCCCUCUUGACCUACUAUUCUGUCUAUGCAGUCACU